ACAUAUACGAUGAAUUGAGCGCGGGCGGUGGAGCUGCUGAUGGUGCUAUACGAAUACAGGCGAAUAUUUUGAUUAAGUUUCUUUGAAUACCAAUAAUUGUUUUGAAAAGUUUGAAAACCACAACAGAACAAGCUAUGAGUGCUGCCGAGUCCGAAAAUGUCAGUGAUUUAUUGCGAAAACUUGUGGCUUCUGUGUGUGGGGAGCAGAAACCAGAAGUUAUACAAAGAAGUAUGCAAUUUUCGUUAAGUUUACUGUCUUCGACUCAAGGAGUUGAAACUCUAAGGGAAGAUGAAGCAAUGGUUGCUAGUCAAAUCAAAAGCAAACUGUCGGCACAGGAUGCAAUUCUUUUUGAUGAACUACACAAUAAUUUAAAGGAUGGGGAUCUGAGGAAUCGUGUUGGAACGUUGAGUUUUCUGCUUCAUAUGAGUCAGUCAAAUGAUCGAAUUCAUGAAGAUAAUUUCUCAUUUCCAGAAAUGAGAUUAGGUUUAAAUAUCCCACUUGCAUCAACCAGUGGGUACUCAUCUCAAACAUCUAGUUCCCAUGCACAAGUUGUACCAUUUUUACCUCAAGAAACAAAUAUGCUGGGGCCUUCGUCUAAUCCAAGCAGAAUAUUCGAUGAAGAUUGCAUAUCAGAAGAUAUUCUUGUUCAAGACCUUAUAUAUUCUUUUCAAGGCAUUGAAGGAAAGGUUCUAAAACUCGACUCUAACUAUGGUUUCCAAAUAGAUCCAACAGUAAGAAUAACUCGGCCACAAAAACAGGCUGUUCUAAGGCUGAGUGAACUUGGUUAUUUGUAUAAUAUUAUUCAGAGAGGAUUAGGAAGAAUUGCAAGCGGUACUAAUGGAAGAGUGGCAGAUAGUUUUGUUGCUGUACUUCACAAAGAGUUAUCAGAGUAUUACAGAUUUAUUGCAAAUGCACAAGAAGAAGUCAAUAGGGUGAAGGACCCUUUAGGAUUAGACCGAGUGACUCUUUCACAUCUUCAUUUAUGGAGUUAUGACCCUCUUGAAACGCUCAAAUGGUUAGCUAGUAUUGUGCGAGCAUGUGUGGGUCAAAAUGGUGGAGCUCUUGCUUCUGCUGUUUAUGAAUUUAGUCAUCAUGGCGACCCUAGGGUGAAAAAACUCGUCAAAAUAAUUCUGGAAAGUGUUGCAGAACCUCUGUACAAUAUGCUCUUAAGGUGGAUAACCGAUGGAGAACUAGAUGAUCCAUACAAAGAGUUUUUUAUUGAAUCAUGUGCAGAAGUCGCUGGGGAAAGGAUGUGGCAUGAAAAAUAUCAAGUCAGAGAUUCAAUGGUGCCAUCAUUUAUCAGUAGAUCACAGGCUAAAAAAAUUUUAUGUACUGGAAAAAGUAUCAACUUUUUAAGAGAAGUAUGUAAAGACUUUUCGCCUUUGCAAGGUAGAGAAUCUGAAGCAUAUCUAAAUUCAUCUGAGAAAAUUGGAGUUGAGGCAUUCUUUGACAUGGAUCCAGAUGGGCCAUUACAAACUAUGAUGGAUGCAGCUUAUAAGGAAACUUCCACAAGAGUUGUUGAAAUAUUAACAAAACAAUAUCAGUUAAUGGAUCAUUUGCAAGGUAUAAAAGGUUAUCUUUUAUUGGGUCAAGGACAUUUUGUGCAGCAUCUUAUGCACCUAUUAGAACCAGAGCUUGCUAAACCAGCAAACUCACUAUAUCCACAUAAUAUUUCUUCUAUUCUGGAAACGGCAAUAAGAGCAACCAGCACAAAAUUAGAUGAAUUGGAUGUUCAAAAGAGACUGGAUGUUAGACUGUUAGCACCAUCAGAGAAUGAAACUGGUUGGGAUGUUUUUGCACUUGACUACAAUGUAGAUGGACCCAUAGGAACGAUUUUGGAACCGAGUCGUCAGAUUUAUCAGGCAGUAUUUUUUUCUCUUUGGCGUGCAAAGCGUAUGGAAACAAUUUUGUCUGCAAUAUGGAAGCAACAAAUAACAUCCGCAAAAAUGUUUAGGAAAAUGCCGGAAAUUUUGCCGAUACAAAAACACAUUCAUUUAAUUACAAGCAGUAUGGUUCAUCUGGUGCAUCAAAUGCAAUAUUAUUUCUUAUUUGAGGUGAUUGAGUGUUCAUGGGAUGUAUUUGCCAAACAUCUUCGACAGGCAUCGUCUCUAGAUGAUAUCAUAACAGCACAUACUAAUUUUAUUGCCUCUGUAAAAAGAGGCACACUUCUUGAUGAACAGUCUCAAGAAUUAAUGAAUCAUCUUCGGUCUGUAUAUGGUCCAAUUUUAGAACUUCAAACUCUUGAGGAAACUUUUCUUGCCCGCGCCACUGCCGAAUAUGAAGCACGAAUGAGUACUGAAAAAUUCAUUGCAGCAUCUAGUGAAAAUCGAAAACAAUGGGGUCGUUCAAAAAGUCAAGAUACUGAAGAUAUCGAGCGAAGAAGUGCUUUUUUAAAAUAUUUGAACACCCUGUCAAUGAAACUUAAAUUGUUAUCACGAACAUACCAGGAUCGUGUUAAGAAGUUUCUUCUUAUGCUUGCUUCUGCAGAGGAUGUUUCUUUGCAAUUGUUAAGUGUCCGACUAGAUUUCAAUGAGUAUUAUAUCAGCAAAGACAGUCGGCUAGUAGCUCCUCUCACCUAUCAACAUCGUCGUCAAAGUGAUCAAUCUUUUCGUACUGAUAAGUGACAAAUGCCAUUGAAAGAACAGAGUCCAAUUUGUCAGAAUACCCCUAUGCAAUUUGCCAAAACAGGGCUCAAGCUUGAUGUUGGAAAUUGUGCCAUAUUUAAAGAAAGAAGAUCGGAUCUAAAUAACACUGAGCUUGCUAAGCAAGUUUUUAGGCAUUUUCUCGAGAAUGAAAUUCUUACAAAUGCUAAGAAAAGCUUCCAGGAGAGUAACCCUGAUGCAAAUACACCAAAAUCUCCAGAAAUUGAUCUUGGUGAUCUGAAUUUUCAUAAAUUCAUACCUGAAUUAUUACCUUUAGAAGAAGAUCUGACCUCAGCUUUUGAGAAAAAACCUAGACUAAGUUUAAGUAAACAUGAAAAUGAAAUUGAAAUACUGGAAUUCAAUGUUCAACCUGAAUUAAAUAUAAAAGAAAAUCAUUUUACCCUAGAAACAACAAAAAUCGCGAAAAAGAGCAAGAGGAGCCUUUAUAAAGUUCACAGUAACACUUUACUUUUACAGUCACCCAACAGUCAUAGCUGUCAAACUGAAAUCGAGUCACAAACUAGCUCAUUUUCAAGUAUAAGCACUGUAUUGAGAGGAGCCUGCAAUUCAGAAACGGAGAACAUUUUACCGUCCAAAAGAAUCAAGAGAAAAAGAAUAAUUUUUUGCUGUGUUGGAUAAAAUUAAUGCAACAUUUAUUCUGCCUUGCCAUACUCAACCUCAUAUGCUGUGAUUGUUUAGUUACUAAAAAGUAUUAUGUAAUCAUUUUAAAUAAACCACUGCAACAUUUUCAUCUAAGAUGGAAAUGUCUAUUGCACACAAUUGCAAAAGUUACCGUAUUUUUAUAUUAAAUUGUAAUAAAACAUGUUUGCUUCACACCAGUGUUCGAGCUUUAAAAAAAUAUAGUUAAUAGAAAUUGAACUACCAUAUCUUCAACAAGUGUAAAAUAUAAAUAAAAAAUAUAAAUGUAUUUGAAUGAUUUGAAA